ACCGGCUAAUGAUGGCGCGCAGUAUUUUCUAUGUUUAAUAAUUAUUUAGCGUACUUGGUUUACUGUGGGUACUACUAUUUUCCUAUUUUCGGGGCGUGGCGUAACUGAUAUAAUAAUCGUUUAGUGUCUUCCAUACCUGUAAUCGGAAUAGUUUAGAAUGGCAGCGGAACGUUUGGACGUGAUUAUAUUUGGAGCUACUGGUUUUACUGGUAAAUACACGAUUGAAGAAGCUGUGAAGUUGUCUCAAGAAAAGCAAUUCACAUGGGGCAUUGCUGGUAGACGUAAGGAGGCUCUCGAGGCUGUCUUAAAGGAACAUGCGCCUAACAGAGAUGAUAUCCCGAUAUUAAUUGCUGAUGCCAGUGAUCUAGAGUCUCUGAAGAAAAUGACUGAACGGGCCAAGGUUGUAGUCAAUUGCUGUGGACCCUACAGAUUUUAUGGGGAACCGGUCAUCCAAGCCUGCAUUGAUACUAGAACCCAUCAUGUCGAUGUUAGUGGUGAACCACAGUUCAUGGAACGCAUGCAAGUGGAGUAUGGACAGAAAGCUAAAGAUGCAGGGGUUUACAUAGUGAGCGCCUGUGGUUUUGACAGCAUCCCUUGCGAUUUGGGAAUCAUAUUCUUGCAAAAUAAAUUCAAUGGAGAGGUAAACAGCGUUGAAACAUACUUAAGCUCUUGGAAGACCUCAAACGUUGGAGGUGCUGGAAUGCAUUAUGGAACCUGGGAAACCGUCAUUCAUGAAAUAAGUCAUAGAAACGAAUUGCGUGGUCUGCGAUCCAAACUUUUUCCGGAAAAAUUACCAAACCUGACUCCGAAACUCGUACCCAGAGGACUCGCCCACAAAAGCUCUAUUUCCGAAGGGUGGUCCACCAAAUUUCCAGGAGCAGAUAAGUCAACAGCGCUGCGCACCCAAUACUUCCUUUUCCAGAACUAUAAGCAACGACCGGCCCAAGUUCAAACUUAUAUAACUUUCAAAUCCAUUUUUGCUCUAUUCGCAACAGCGAUUGUCGGUGUCAUGGUGACCCUCAUGACCAAGUUUGAGUGCGGAAAACAGCUUCUUUUGAAGCACCCGAAAUUCUUUACUGCUGGUUUCGUGAGCCAUGAGGGACCCAAGCCCGAAGCGAUGAAUAACACCCAUUUUGCAAUAACCUUCAAGGCGACCGGAUGGACAGAAGCAUUAGCUGAACCAACCGAUGCACAUACAGGUCCUCCAAACAAAGAGAUGAUCACCAAAGUGACGGGUGUUAAUCCUGGUUACGGUGCAACAUGUACUGCCGUAAUGACUGCCGCUCUCACGAUUUUGAAGGAGGCUGACAAGAUGCCCGAUAAUGGCGGCGUUCUUCCUCCAGGCGCAGCUUUUGGCAAGACUUCGAUAAUAGAAGAAUUGAAUAAACAUGGCUUAAAAUUCGAGGUGAUUUCAUCGAUUGAAAAAUAGAGGUAAUCCAGCAGAACGUAUUUCUAACUAAAUAUCGGCGCAAAUAUCAUUUUUCUGAGCAGAUUUAUCAGCGUUUUUCCUACUAAAAGAUUAUUACGCUGCCGCUAAGCGACUUACGUAGAAUAUAAAAUUAUUGAUUUGGGAAUUCGGGGCACGUCUAAUAUCGAGCUAAGUAUUUAUACGGGGCCAAGCAGCUGUAAUAGUUCCUUGUAUUCGCAAAAAAUUUCUUGACUUUCAAGAUUUGAGAUUUCAACAUUUGACUCGUUGCAUUUAUCUUAUUGUUUAAGUUCACUAGAAAAUCGGUACAUCAUUUUCGGGGAGUUGAGUAAUUUUAUUAUCUUUGGUUUUUGUCUAUACAAUUACGAAGUUUCUUUUCUUACCAGAGUCUAUCUUCAUCCUUCAUUUACCUAGUCCGUCAAUUGUAAUCUAAUUAUAGUUUCGAAUUUAUGUUAGAUCUGACUGAAUUGAUAUCGGGACAGGAAAUCCUAUUCGAAUAGUAUCGCGUAAAUUUUCGUACAAAUAUGAAUAAAAAAUACCUAUGCAUAAUCUCGUAUUUGUGUUUCGCUUGCGAAUAAUAUAAUUAAUAAUCUAAAAAAACGUGGGAUACUAACUAAUAUUCAAAACUUUGUUUCAGUCGAACCUAAACGUUGCUAUCACUAAAAGUCUAUAAAAACACUUUUUUCAUUCGAUCACUUAUUGAGUUUAAAAUUAUCCAGAUUCAUAUGAAUAUUUAUACAUAAAAACAUAAACUUGCGUCAUCAUUUAAAUUGUACGCAAAUAUUUUGUAGUGUGUAGCUUUAUACGGCUGAUACCUAAUAUAUAUAUAUUUAUUAAAGAUAUUAAUAUAUACAUACACUAUGAUUAUUAUAUCCGUGUAUUUUAUAUAAUAUAUAAUAUAAUAUUUGAUUGAUUGAACUAAUAAUUUUUUAGUGAUCAAUUUUGCUAAAUAUAAAUUUCAAAAAAAGAAGAAUAAAAAAAAAGCCGCUACGUUAUUUUGUACAAUGUUGUAUCAAUAAAUGGGUUUAAUGAUUAUUAACUGAAAAAAAAAACAAAAAAAAAACCUAAAUCUGAAUAGAAAUCCAAUAUUAUGCACACGUGCGUUCGAGUUCUGCUUUGAUUAUUCAGUGUUUUAGCAAGUCCUUUUUGAACAUUUUUUUGUAAAAGUAUUAUUUGAUAUAUUACUAGUCCGGCAUAAAUUUGCAGCUUCGAUUAUUCUUUCUGUAUAAUGAUACAACUGAAUUGCGGAUAUUAAUUCAUGAGAUUAAAUGAAAAAAAUGAUAAUGAAGGAAGUAGAAAUGGCAGAUAAUAAUCAGUUGGUUGCGAAUUUUUUUAAAGAAAGUGGGUCAAGAUUAAAUUUUGAUAUUGCAAAUAAUGAAGUCAUUUGAUACACCACCAUAUCCGUGACCUUGCUCAAUGUUUCUAUUAGCUAUGACAUUGAUUAUCUUAUAUCGUCGUGAUAUAUUCGCGAAAAAAAGAUAAAUAAAUAAUAAUAUGUAUAUCAAUUUGUUCGACACCCGUAUGCAAUUAAGUGUACAUUAUUAAAGUUAUGAAUCGACUUCAAGGCCCUGGAGGAAAGGUUACUGUCCUACGUUCUGUUAAAUGGAUUGCGUAAUGCGGAUUAUAAUCGUAUUUUUUCUGUACAGUCAGAUACGAUCCUUUCU